AUGCCCUUCAGCUCUAGACGUAGCACUGCAAGAGCUCACAACUCACACGGGACCUCGAACUCUAUGAGAGAAUACAAUAGCAGGCCCAAUCCUGCGAAUCAUUCGCAUAUACAAACCAUACCUGCAGAGAGCAUUCACGAAAAUUCGGAGUCAGAGAACUCAAUUGAAUCACCAGAUUUCAUCAUCAAAGGAUCAGCACAAGAAGAAAUAGAAGAUCUCCUUGAAUACGAAAAAAGACUACAAUCACUUCGGACAGAUUAUCCUGCAAAUUCUACUACUACAACACCGAUCUCUCUGGAUACUACGUACGCGGAUAUCAUGGCUGCUCGACCAUCGAGAUCGCGUCGACGAAAUGAAGCUCUGGAUGAGGGACAAGAUGUGAAAUUAGGAGGACCAAUGACUCUUGAAUCACUCGGACCUUUCAAAUAUACCUUUAAGAAGAAGAGGAAUUUGAAGACAAAAUUUUCAGCAUCGACUAUUAAUGAUGAUCAAGCAACUGAUAUCGAUAAUGGAGGGGCAGGUUUAAAUGAUGAUGGUAUAAUUACGACCGAAGGGGUAAACAUGGAUUUGGGUCACAGUGAAACUACUAGUGAGGUUGGACUGGAUCCGGAAUUGGUAGGAAGUGCAAGUUCAUCACGUCCUAUUUCACCUACAUCGACCCCACAAUUCAAACUAUCUCUCGAUAUCUCCUCUUCCCACUACCACACAACUUCACAAAAACAACGAAAAUACUUAGAAUUCACUUUCUCCUCACCGGCGCCAAAAAGAAUCAUUGAAGAUCUCGAAAAGAGUUCGGAAACUACCGAAGAAGAAUUGAAAGAUUCUGAUGAUACCGUGCGAGAGAACAAUUUGGAAGACGACGGCAAUAAAGAAAAUAUCAGCAAUAACAUCAUCCAACCAAUUUUUACUGCUGAAGAUACAACGGCAACCAGUACCACUGCUACUGUUACUUCGACUGAUACCCAUUCAAUUGAUCCAAUUCCUUCGGCAGUUGUUGUACAACCUCCUCCAGAAGUCUCCAGGGUCUCCUCUUUUUCAAACUCAUCCACCACUGAUAAAAGCAGAACGCGAACUCUCUGUACAAUUGAUAGUGGCAUUGGUCUGGAUUCUCCUUCUCUUGAUCUUUUGAAGAGUGACAAUUCCGAUACACAAUCGGUUAAGGAUAAGAGCGACGCAGUUAUGGCUCGCAUUGCUUCAUCAACAGGACUAAUGGUGAGAAGCUUGAGUGAUAUAACUACUGUUAAUGAUGGAUUUGAUUCAGUAGAAUGGGAUCCAGAUCUUCCUGUUCGCUCAAUUAACAAUUCUCCUGAGCCAUUAUCAGUCGAAAUACAACCUGUGGCUUACACCACUGUCGGAUCUCGUGUCAAUCCUAAUUUGCAACCUCAAAUCUCCGCCCCCAACCGUAUUCAACGUGAGGGCUCUAUUCGCCGACCACAAUUGGAUCCCACUCAUAAUAGACAACCAAAUUAUUAUUCACACACUCGUGGUCCACCACCUCCUUUAAACAUGCAAAACUCCAUGCACUAUGCGCAACAACUUGGUCAAGCACCUAAUUCCUUCAAUCCUCCGCCAGCCACAUCUGCGAGAUCUACUCGCUCUCUGCGGGCCUCUCAGAGACAGUCCCAAUCAGACCAAGAGAACCAUACGCUUUUCAGACUUCAAGGGAUGAUCAAUUCUAGAGUAUCUAACGGUCAUUAUCCUGUCUCGCCCAACACCUCGACUCCCGCCUCCCAUCAAAAUGAUCUUUCAUCAAUUUCGAAUGAGGAGCAGGAUUUGGCAAAGGGAAUUGAUUUACAAGGUCCCAUAUCAGGUCUAGAAAAGAUGCAGACUUUACAGAGACUUGCGAAAUUCCCGAAUCCGAUGCAAACCUCAGCUCUGCGUCGAUUGUCUGAGUUGCAAGCACCCAAAGUCGAAAACACUGCAAAGUCAAAUGGGGACAUUGAAGUUGCGAGGCAACGUUUAGAGUACCUCAUACGAAACUCAAGAGACAACACUAUGCUAGAUGGUGCACAGGCUGCUAAGAAUGGAGAACUCGACCGUACCUACACAUUUCCUCCACCAGGAAUCUCCGACACGGCAUACAACCCACUCUACAACGCAUAUUCGGGAUCUAACAAUCAUUCAAGAGAUUCUGCAAAUCAUCGAGGGGUGCCCGGUUAUCCACAACCAUUAACUGCGGGCCCACCAGGACAGCGUUCGUAUGCUAAUAAUAGACAGAACAGUACCUAUAGUGAGGAGGCUUGGACACAAGACCAGGUUGGAGCGAAACAGAACUCACACACAAGCACCGAGCCUGUCUCGCCGUGGCAAGAAUCAAAAGUUCUCAACGAGCAGUAUAGUGCUCAGGCACCAGCACAAGCUCCUUCUGCACGCGCAACAGAUACAAUUUCUAUGCAACAAGCCCGUCAGUAUUAUCCCCACGGGUUUCCCAGCGACAUGACCGGGAGAUUCACUCGUUUGUCGAUUGAUGUACAAAAAGAAAUGGGACUUCUCGAGGAUGAAGAGACUCCCGAGGAAGCUCGAGCAAGAAAACAAAUGGAGAAGGAUGAAUGGUUCUACAGUGGCCAGAAACGAUGGAACAUGACAGUUCAGGAGCAUAUCGCAGAAAUUGAAAUCCAUACCAAUCCUUUCGGGCCUAUCGGUCCUCCCACGAAGAAAAAUUUGCCUUCCGACAACAGACCUCUUCCCGGCAUCACUAUCUCAAGGAUGGAAAGGAAGACUAUCCCUGAAGUAAUCGCUCCACUGAUAGAUGGAACUCUUGGCAACUUGUUCGCCAUCAAAGCUCAACAGGAAGAUGGCAACUUUACGUCACCAUUCAUAAGAUACGCCAAGAGUCCAGAAUGGCACAUUGAUACAAGUGCAAAAGGCAAUGAUUCUUUCUUCGAACAAAGAUGGGGUGUCUAA